AUGGCAAACAUCUUAUCUCUGCUAUUCGUGUUCUCUUGUAUUGGAUUUGCUGGUGUCCUUUUUCAAGCGCAAGCACAAAGCACCUACUUCAUAUUUCCUCCUGCAACUAAUUUCAGCCUGGAAGGGAUCGCCAGCUAUCUACAAUUACUUCCGUUAAUGAAUGGGAAUUUAAUGGAACUCUCAAAUGGAGACAAAACCCAGGCAACAUUCUCCUGGAUGACUUACAACCAACCAAUUUCUCUCUGGGACAACUCUUCUUUUCUGGCAAACUUUUCUUCUCAUUUUAAAUUUCUUGUUUCCACAAGCGAUCAUCAGUCAUCCCAUUACCGCGGUGGGCUUGCCUUCUUCCUCACCCCUUCCGACUUGGAACCACCACUAAACUGUGAAGGCCAAUGGCUCGGUCUUUUUAACCAAUCCACCGAGGGAAAUUCAUCGAAUCAAAUUGUUGCCGUGGAAUUCGACAAAUUAAAAAAUGAUCCGUUUGACCCAGAUGAUAACCACAUGGGAAUCAAUGUGAAUAGCAUUGUUUCAAAGGAAGAUUUGCUCAUAAAAGGACUCCCAUUCUUUUCAGUUUCAAAUCGGCAAAUGUGUCCCUGUGGGAUAAAUAUUGAAUCCAGAUUUGUUGCGAAAGCAUACCGAACACAUGUCGCCGGAUUUGCCCUCUUAGCGGGAUUGUAUUAUUUCAGAAAUAAAAGCCGUGAGGAGGAGGACAUUGAGAUGGACAAAUGGUUUAGCGAAGGACCGCGCAAGUUCUCUCAUGCUGAGCUCAGCGCUGCAACUCAUAAAUUUAGCCAAGAACAAAAGCUCGGAGGGGGAGGAUUGGGCGAUGUUUACAGAGGCAUCUUGCCUGGCGCAAAAGAAGCUGUAGCCGUUAAAAGAAUAUCCCAACGCUUCAAACAAGGCAAAAAGGAAUACAUCUCGGAGGUUACGAUUAUCAGUAAACUGAGACACCGUAACCUUGUGCAGCUCUUCGGGUGGUCCCACCGCCAUCAAAAGGGCGAAUUGCUUCUCGUUUACGAAUUCCUGCCAAAUGGAAGUCUGGACAAGUAUCUUUUCGGAGGCAUUUGUUUGGAUUGGGAUCGAAGGUAUGUUAUUCUUCGUGACAUGACCGCUGCUCUUUUUUAUCUUAACGAGUAUUGCAAAGAGCGUGUGGUGCACAGGGACGUGAAGGCCAGUAACAUAAUGAUGGAUCCUGAGCACAGAGCAAAACUUGGAGAUUUUGGGCUGGCAAGACUAAGUGCAGGUAAUUUUGGAAAUAGUGCAUCAACUGUAAUAGCUGCAACAGUUGGAUAUAUCGCACAGAAUGGGAUGUGUCCAGCUUUGGAGGGCUGUGUUUGGAAAUUACAUGCGGGAGGCGGGUGGAGACUUGUGGAAUGGGUUUGGGAUUUGCAUUUCCAGGAAAAGCUCUUGACAGCCGCAGAUGAGAGGUUGAACGGGAAUUUUGAUGGAAAGGAAAUGGAGAGGGUGCUCCAGUUGGGGUUGCUGUGUUCUCAUCCGGAUCCCAAAGCGAGACCCAGUAUGAGAAAAGUGCUGAAUAUAUUAAGAUUGGAAGCUAAGGUACCCGAUGUUCCGCUUACUUAUCCAGUAACCAUGUAUGGUGGCACUCUAGGUUAUUUUGAAGCGUCUAUGUUUCCGAUGCUUGGUAAAAUAUCAACUCCAGCAAACUACGAAAAGUUUUUAAAAUUACUUAAUGAUUUACCAUGUCGUAAAGUUGUUUUGCAUGGUUCAAGAAUUAUUGUAGAUUUUUAG